AUGGCAUUCAACGGCACUUGGAAAGUUGACAGAAAUGAGAACUAUGAGAAGUUCAUGGAGGCACUGGGUGUUGGCAUGAUGAAAAGAAAGCUGGGAGCCCAUGACAAUCUGAAGAUCACCAUCCAACAAAAUGGGGACAAAUUUAAUGUCAAAGAAGUCAGCAACUUCCGAAAUAUAGAGAUUGAAUUUACUCUGGGAGUCAACUUUGAUUACAGCCUGGCUGAUGGGACUGAACUUUCUGGUGCUUGGACCCUGGAAGGAAAUAAACUUGUGGCCGCGUUUACCAGAAAAGACAAUGGAAAAGUCCUUAAAGCAACCAGAGAAAUCGUGGGUGAUGAACUCGUUCAGACCUACGUAUAUGAAGGAGUUGAAUCCAAGAGAUUCUUCAAAAGGGGCUAA